AUGCCAGCUGCGGAGACCUCCAGGACAUAUGGGUUCAUUGGCCUUGGGCUGAUGGGCCUUCCCAUGUGCAGCAACAUUGCAAGCAAGAUUGCUUCGAGCGAGCGUGUGAGAGUCUUCGAUUUGAACGAGGCAGCCAUGAAGACGCUAUAUAACGAGCACCCCAGGGGCAUCAUACAAUGCUCGUCGCCGGCCGACGUGGCUGAGGGCAGCGAUGUCAUCAUUACUAUGCUCCCAGAGGGUCAUCACGUCGAGGCUGUCUACAUCUCUGGACACAAGGCGCUCAGCACAGUCUCCUUGAGCGGGAAGCUCCUGAUCGACUGCUCGACGAUCGACCCGGCCAAGUCUCUCAGCGUCAAGAAGCAUCUUGCAGCCCGUUUCCCAACAGCUCGUUUCUACGACGCUCCCGUCAGCGGCGGCGUAAUUGGCGCAGAGAAGGGGAGCAUUUCGUUCUUCGUCGGAUGCGACGAGGCCACGGAUGCGGAAUCCGCGCAGGCCAUUCGGCCAAUCUUGCAAUUGAUGGGCAAGCAGAUCAUCCACUGUGGCGCUCCCUCUCUCGGCCUCGCAGCGAAACUCUGUAAUAACUAUCUUUCUGGAAUCCUGACGAUUGCGUGUUCCGAGACCUUCAACAUCGGCAUGCGUGCUGGUCUGAACCCGAAGAAGCUGUAUCAGGUGCUGGGUGCUGGGUCGGCUCAGAACACCAUCUGCGAUAAAUUCUGCCCUGUGCCCAACGUCGAUCCGAAUAGUCCGAGCAGUCAUGGGUACGUUGGGGGGUUUCGAAUGGCGCUUAUGCUAAAGGACUUGAUGUUGGCGACCGAGAUGGCGGAGCGAGGUGGUGCUGAGAGGGUCCUUGGGAAGAGUGGCCUUGAUAUGUAUAGAUUGCUAAGUGAACAUGCAGAGUACAAAGACCUGGAUGUGAGAGCCAUGUUCAGGUAUAUUGGCGGCAGGGAAGACUGGCAAGACAUCAACGGCUCUGAUGGUGUAAACUAA